AAUCAAUUAACCUCAUAUGUGCAGAAACGUCAAAAUGUUUAAAUAUUUUUAAAAACCCACUGAUUUAUUUUAAAAUUUCCUGUGAACUAACUUAAAUUACAUGAACCAAUUUUUGUCAGGUCAAUGCAAUAUGAUUUCUACAAAUGAAAUAUUAUGUAAUAACUAAUAUUGUAUUUCAUUUUUUUCUCCUCCAGUGAAAAAACCUAUGAUGCAAAUUCACACGUGCACGCAUGUGCUCCACGGACGGACAAAAUUAGAAGUGCGGUUAGUCCGUUGAGUUUAGACAGUCUAGACCGAGUUUUUCGCUUUUGUCUCAAUCAUAUUGAUUAUCUAUAAUUAAUAGCUGAUUAAUUUAUUGGAUUCAGACAUAUUUUGAAGACAAAUAAAAAUGCAGUUCAAAAAAGUGACUCACGUUAUUUUCGACAUGGAUGGGCUUCUUAUAGAAUCAGAAUCAUUCUACGACAAAAUUAUAAACGACAUCGUGAUGGUCUACGGCAAAGAAUAUAAUGACGACUGCAAAGUAAAAGUGCUUGGUACGCCCGAACAAGACACUGCGAAAAUAGUAGUCGAAGAACUCGGUCUACCGAUAACUCCUCAAGAAUUCCUUACGAUCUACAAGAAAAAACAAAUGACUGAACUGACUAACCCGCCUCUAUUACCCGGCGUUAGAGAACUCGUUAAGCACCUGUACAAAAACGAAGUGCCUGUCGCAGUGGCUACGUCAUCGUCGCAAGAAAGCAUGGAGCUGAAAACGAAGCCCCAUCAGGAUUUAUUUAAAUUGUUUCAGCAUAUCGUGUGUGGUAGUACUGAUCCCGAUGUUAAGCAUGGGAAGCCCGCUCCGGAUAUAUUUUUGGUUUGUGCUUCUAGGUUUCCUGAUAAACCGGACCCAUCUUCAUGUAUUGUCUUUGAAGAUGCCCCCAAUGGUGUCAAAGGAGCCCAAAGCGCAGGUAUGCAAUCCGUGAUGGUGCCGGCUCCGUACAUUCCUCAAGAAAUGAAGAAAAACGCCACUCUAGUCCUAGAUUCUCUUACUCAAUUCAAACCAGAAUUGUUUGGUUUACCACCUUUUGAGUAAAACGAUUCUUUUUUUUUAGUCAAAUUUAUUUGUUUAUAUAUUUAUUUAUUUAUUAUGUAUUUGGGGUAUUUGUGCAGGGAGCUUAAGACGAAAAGAAGUACUUAAUUUUCUACAGUAAUUACCGUUGUUGACAGCAGUUGUCACUUGUCAUUUUCGAAAAUGCUGUCAAAGUUACUUUUGUUUGAUAUCUGCACUGACCUUCAUAUUAAACUGGAUGGCUAUAUGUCAUAAGCCCCAUUCCUAAUUUCUAAGCCGAUAUGGGUGAAAAAAACGGUCGGUGCGCAUUGCACGUCACGAGUACUUCUAUCUUGGUAUUUUAAUUAUUAUUGUUAUUGGAACAUUUGUUUUUGCUGCGUAUUAAUCAAAGAUCAUUUUUAAGAGAUUUUCUUAAAUUAAAAGUUGUAGUUGAAUGUAAUAAGUGUUAAAUUUAAUUUUGCUUACCUUCUAGUGCAUUUAAAUACGCACCUGUGAGCGCCAGCCUGUCAAAUAUCACCUCGCUAUAUGGCUUGACUUUUGCCGCGUUUUAGAAUCCACAUCGGAUGCAUCUGAGAUGUUGUGAAUUUUUUAUCACGUGAUAGAGAAUUAGAUCUGAAUGUAGAUGUAAUAAACAAACGCUCUAGACUUUAUUUGGUCACGUGAUAAAAUGUCAAUGACAAGUUAGAAGUUUAUACUUAUUAAAUUUGACUUUUGAGACUACAAAUCAACCUAAAUUUGAAAUAUAAACAAAAAUUAAACAAACUAAUCACUUUUAUAUUCAUGCUAUCAUAAACAAAGGAAAAAUUGACAAACAAAGGCUUCACAGAACACUUACUUUCUAGCAUGGAACAAACAUCUCAUUUCAAAUCGAGAUGUAUAAAAUGUAAUCUAAACAGGUACAUCUGGGAUAAACAAACGCAGAUGUAGAUGUAGUAGAUGUGUCCGAUGUGGAUAAAAAAACGCUCGAGAUGUAAAAAAUGCAUCCGAUGUGGAUUCUCAAACGCGGCAUUUGUUGAUCGGCUUUUGACUUCCAGUUUAAUAUAUAGUUCAGUGGAUAUAUCUGUCAGAGUUAUGCUUUUUUAAUGGAUAUAAAAAUGUGUUCUUAUACUAUAUUUUUGAUUAGUGAUCUUUAAUAAAAUACAACUAGUAAGAAUGUUAAAAAUAUAGACAUUUUACGUGACAUGACUAAAAAUUUAUUGUUUAAAAAACGCAACAAAGACUUAAAAAUAUUGUAGAUAUGUAUGCUUCGUCACUUUUGACAUUUUUAAAUGACAUGUUAUAGUUUUAUUUUUAAUUUAUUUACUUAGUUCCUAUUUUAAACUAAAAAAGCGCUUUUCCUAUUAAUUAAAAAUUGCCUUAUUAUUUUAUUUGCUUUUAAAGUAUUAAAAAUACGUAUGAAACCAUACAAGAGUGUUUGCUUUUAAUAAAAUUAAACGUCGAACAAAGUUAUACCUACAUAAAAUAUAUUUUUGUAGAUUUAUUUUUUUAACGCCAAAGAGUUGUUUUGUAAUAUUUAAAAGUUCAUUUUGUCAGUAUUCUUUAUUAUCUAACUACGAAUUUAAUAUAUUUUGUUAAUUGAAGUUGUAGAAAUUUAAUAAAAUGCGGUACAUAA